AUGCAGCUCCUGGGGGCGAACUCCGGCGGCGCCUGGCAGCUGAGGAGCGAGACCGCAUCCGGCACCGAGCCGGCGAGCGCUUCUGCACUGCUGGACCCCUGCGGCUGCACGGCCACCGAAAAUGCUGCUGAAAGGUCCUUAAUUCCUGCUCGCUCCAAGGCCCCAGCUGCCCCCGGCCUGCGGGAAAGGGAAGGGAGCAGCGACACGUCUUCAGAGACCUCAGAGGACUCAGACAGCAGCCCUUCCUGCCCGCAGGGCCCUUGCUCAGAAGAAAACCUCAAUUACACGUCCCUUGUCUUCCCGGGGAAAGCCCACGGGCCAGGCUCUCCUGGGGACUACGAGAACAUGAAGACUAGGGCGGACUACGUCAACGUGGACCCAAAGAAGAGGAAUGUGGAUUUCUGGCCCUGCUCCAGCCCUGUGGCAUCCAAGUCCAUCGAGUACACCGAGGUGAAGCUGUGA